AUGAGUACUGGCACUUCGCCGAAGGCUCCAAUCUACAAUCAAUACAAGCGCAAGGCCCCGUUUUCGUCCUGUUCGAAAGGAUCGGCUUCUGCGGACACCUUUCCAAUACGGCAAGAACAAUCCGCUUCCCGAAUUCCUCUCACAGAGAUACGGAACCAGUAUGCUUCUACCUCCACUAACCGUAGACAGAGACGAUUGUCAAUCCCCAAUGCCAUUUCGGUCCAAUCUCCCCUGCUCCCCUCUCCCACAACUGCCUUGCAGCUGCUACAACGGCAUCAGCAACGAACGCACACCCUCAGAUUAAUACCGAACGGUUUGGAAUCCUGGUUGUCCUUGGCCCGGCCCGGCAUUUACGAACUCGUGGGGGAGGCCGGAACCGGCAAAUCACAAACCGCCCUUAGCGUGUGCGUCCAAGCAGCUUCCUCGACGACAGGCCCCUCCCGAGAACCACCGUUGAUUGCCGCACCCACCACCGGCACUGACGUCUCUUUGCAUCUGAUCCCGUGUCGUGCAAUAUACAUUUCUCUCAAGGCUCAAAACAAUGUCGUACAAAUCGUCAAACGACUGGAACAAAUGGUCCUCUCCCGGCAGGAACAACGACCGGCGUCCACACCUGACCAAAUGAAGGCUCCUACCAGAUCUCCCCCUUGCACUAUUUUGCAGCGCAUUCUGACACGCGCAGCGUGGAACGCAGAACAACUCACGCAGGUAUUGGACGAAUUGCCAGUCUUGCUAAAAUCCGGCACCGUCCGUGUGCUCGUCUUGGAUUCCAUUGCCGACAUGUUCCGCACCAGUGAGGACACGGACGGCACUCGUUCGCAACAAUCGUCACACCACCAUGCGGCUCGCUCGGCCAUUUUGUUUGGACUCGCGGCGCGUCUCAAAAAACUGUCGGACGUCUUUGAUGUCCCCGUACUCGUCAUCAAUCAAGUGGCCCUGUCCGGAGUCUGGACCAAGCCCGCCCUGGGUUUAUCUUGGGCGCACUGUAUCGACGUACGGUACAUUCUAACCCGACAGGAACGCGGCGGAGACGCGGGUGUCGUCUUUGGACGCCGCGUCACGUUGGACGCGUCGUCCAGCCAUGCAACCGGACAGCACAAGGCCUUUUUUAUACGUGCUGAUGGAGUUGUUGCCGGGUAA